AUGCAGAGACCUUCUAUUAUGCACCCGGCAUGGAUAGUUAAGGUGUCUGUGCGUGGGUAUAGCGCUGGCCCCGAUAGAUGGACAGGGCCAAAGCCUGCUGUGUUUCUUUGGUAUGCAAGUUUCGAUGCCACAUGCCGUGAAUGCAAGAAGAACUUGCCAUGUAGACAUUGGGGACAGAGCAGCCCCGAUAACUCCGGCUCAAAAGCUCGAGAAUCGAGAAGAGGCCGUAGAUGGCAGGAAUGA